ACCCCAGGCACCCAGAUUAACGAUGCUUUCGCCAAGAGAGACGUCUUGAGAAAUGAUCAUCUUCCAUUGCCUUGGCGAGCUCUGGGCAAACCAGGGCCAAGAAGUUGGUGGUUUAUGUGGUUGAUGGGAAACCAUGCCUCAAACGGGCCGCAGGUAUUUAUUCCCGCAAGGAGCGAUCCCAUGCACCGAAAACCCCAACUUCAUAGGACAGCGUUCCCCCUUUUUAGUGGAGAAUGGGGAUAGCCUCACGGUUAAUUAAGUAACGACAGAUCUUGGCUCCCAUUCCGAGCAAUUAGACGGCUGGGCAGCCGCUCUAGUGAAACAGGACACGGCAGGGAACCAAGGCCAAGAGGGAAGUAAUUGUUGAUGAUCUUCAACGUGUCCAUCUUGGCCAUUAUUUCCACGUACUGAAUGAGAGAAAAAACCACGACGACCCAUCUGCUGGGUGCCACAGGGAAACGACAACGACCAUGAAUCUGCGCAGGACCACAUUCUCGUACGCCGUCAUCCUCUCGUGCGGCGGCAUCUCGCCGUCGCAUGCCGGCGCCGCCAUCGAGCAGUGCGGGCAGGGCGGCGCCAUCCCCGUCCUCGGCGAUAGCUUGAACGCCGCCCUCUGCUCCCAGCCACUGGGCGGACAAGUCGACGCCCAGAAACAAGCGGAGUGGGCCCCCUGGACGCACCGCCCCUACUGCGCCGGGACCAAGUACUGCGUGUACACAAACGCCAUGUUCGCCGACGGCGGCGGCGUGAGCAUCAUCACGACCCCGGGGAACAUGUCCAGGGCCGUCGGCGUCAUCGAGAAGGCCUUCGCGGAGCCGCCAGUCGCCACCGCCGCCCCCGACACGGCACUGCCGCCGCCGUACGUCGUGCAGGACGUCCCCGGCAAGGGCAAGGGCGCGAUCGCGACGCGGCGCAUCCCGCGCGGCGAGGCGUUCGUGACGGAUCCGGCCGCCGUCAUGGGCGCCGUCGACCUGCUGGAGCGCGUCGCGGGCACCGCCGGCCACCUGCUGCUCGCGACGGCGAUCGACCAGCUGCCGGACCCGCAGAGGGUGCUGGCGCUGGCGGGCAGCUACAGCGCGGCCACGUCGGUGGCGGAGAACGUGAUGCGGACAAACACCUUUGCCGUCUCGCUGGGUGGCGAGCCGUACAUGGCGCUGUUCCCGGAGAUCUCGCGAAUUAAUCAUGCUUGCAAACCAAACGCACACACCCGGUUCUCCCCGCGAACUCUGGCAAUGUCAGCCGUGGCGAUCCGCGACAUCGAGCCAGGAGAAGAGAUAUCAAUCAGCUACGCCGAAUUCGGCACCACCUACGGCCAGCGCCAGCACGCGCUCCUGCACAACUGGGGCUUCCGGUGCACGUGCGCGCUCUGCACGGCGCCCGAGUCGGAGCUGCUCGUGUCGGACCGGCGGCGGCGGCGGAUGGGGCAGAUUCGGGACGGCAUGCUGGGGCUGAUCGAGGCGCGGCGGUUCGCCGAGGCGGUGGAGGCGGCCGAGGAGAUGGUCCGGCUCGUCGUCGCCGAGGGCCUGGCGUCGCACCUCGCCGAGCACUACGAGGUGCUCGCGAGGCUGCACAUGGCCCUCGGGGACGGCGCGCAGGCCGUCAGGUACGCGCGGCUGGCCGUCGCGGACCUGGAGAGGUUUGGCGGGCCGGAUGAUGAGGGGACGUUGGCGGAUAUGAGGGAGAUUGCUGGGCGGAAGGGGUGA